AAAGCAGAGUACGGGGAGAGGCUGCGGGACAGCGCUAGGGCAUGGCCCGGGGACUCCUCGCCCUGCUCUUCGUGGCUGUCUUAAUUACUGAAGCAGAGUGUAAAGAUGAUACUGAACAUCCCAUACAUGUAGCAUACAAUAGAUCUAUUACAAGAAAGAGGAUCAUUGCUAAGAGGGAAAUUAAAUGUACUGAGGAUGAGUACAAUUUAAAUGGUCAGUGUUGCAAGAAAUGUGAACCUGGUUAUGUUAAAAAUACUGACUGCCCAACAAACACUGGAGAACACUGUGUAUCAUGUAACCCUGGAGAGUACAUGGAUCAUGCCAACGAUGAGAGAGAGUGUAAGAGAUGUGCUUCAUGUGACAGCGAAUUUGGUUUUCAGGUUGGAAAGAAAUGUACCAAAAAACAGAACACAGAAUGCAUCUGUGCACAGAACUAUUUUUGCAGUUCUGUACCAUGUACUACACAUUGCGACCGAUGUAACACAUGUGAAAAUGUCCCAGUUGAAGAAGAAUGUACUCCAACUUCAGACACUGUGUGCAGAGCGGAAGGAAUGCCAUCAUGGGGCAUUGCAGCUGUGGUCAUACUUGUGAUAGUAUUAUUAGGAACUGGACCACUAUUAAUAUUCUGCAAGAGAAAACGUAAGGGUCUUACUUGCCAGGAGAACCCAGGUGAAACACUCCCUGAAACAAUUAUACCGCUUGUAUAUACAGAUGUUGACCUGAGCAGCCACAUCCCUAUUAUUGUGGAAGAGAUGACACUCCCACAAGUCAAGAAGUUUGUCCGUUAUCGCCAAAUAUCAGAUCCUGUCAUUGAUCAAGUAUCGCAGGACAAUAUUAAUGAUGCAUCUGAACAGAAGAUUAAGCUGUUUCAAGCCUGGUAUCAAAGUCAUGGGAUUAAAGGAGCCUAUGGAACCCUACUAAGCAGCCUGAGAACGUUAAAAAUGUGUGCUGUAGCUGAUAAAAUUGAGGAAAAGCUGAAGACAGUUGUUUCCAGCAAUCAAGAAGGGGGACAAUCUUAUAAUGAUGAUAUUGAGCAAAGCAAAACCUGCAGUCAGGAAGGUGGGAAGUCUUAUCAUGAUAAUGCUGAGCUAAGUAAAACCUAUUCUGAUAGCUUGGAAGAGACAUAGCACGGAGUCAUUUGAAAGUUAUUUCUGACUGAAGUAGUAUUUUUUAAAUACUACCGCUAACAAACCUUUUAAAUGCCAUUGUUGUUGGCAGCUGUGAAAGUUUCAAGGUAGUUAUAAUACAAACGAGGAAUAAUUACGAUUUUUGUAGAGGUAUGUUUCCUUUAAAAGAGUCUUACCUGUUGAUUUUGAUUGUAAAAAACUAGGAGGAGAAGUUUUCUGGCUUACUUAAUAAAAGUAGCAGUCAAAGAGUUCUGCUAUAGGACAUGCUACAAAAAGAAAAUAGUAGUAAUUGGCAGAAAGGUUUAGCCCAAAUGUGUGGUCCUGCAUGCAAAUCAAUGAAUUUCUUACGUUAAAGUUCUGGAAUGUUGCAUUUUUGAAAGUGAAAACUCCAGCGUUAAGAGUUUAUGCAGUGUACAAGGACGAAUGCUUAGAGAGAAAACAAACAAACAAACACUCAACCUUUUGUACCUCAUUAGUUCUGAAUAUAAUAUUAAUGUAUAAUCAUAUUUUGCCCUGUUGUAAAUGUGAUUUCUCCCUUGUGUGAAAGCACCUGUGUGUGUAUAUUUAUAUCAGUUUUCUAUGUCAAAGCCCCCACUAUUAAGUAAAAGUAUUAUUUCCCUUAUUAUCUGCACUGACUUCAAGCCUAUUUUGACAUUAAAACCCUUGAAGGAAGCAGAAACAGGAGCUGGAGUAGCACAACAAAAACACGGAUUUUUGAAGGCAACCUGCGCAAGCUGUAAACUCUCCAGACCCAAUCAUGCAACAGCCAACAUUAUCUUUUCUAAUGCAGGAACGGCUACAAUGAAAAUAUCAUCUAAUAAAUUAAAAUAAAUAAAUAAAUAAAUCCAAGUAG